UCGAAAAAGUUUUGUAUUAUAUUCAGAUGGUUCUUUUGUACGUCUUACAAUAAUUUAUUUUCUCGAAAUAUAAUUAUUUAAUAGAAAAAUAACAUGUUUUCUUCAUUCAUUUGAAUUGUCGCGCGAAAACAGCGUGUCACGUGACAUUCCAUAACGUGACGUCACAUUUCGCAAAACAGUGGUGGAGUUCUUUACUGUUUUAAGCGAUUUUUAAGAAAAAGGCCAUAAAAUUAUUUUCCGCACUUGAACUUCGUGAAAAUGACAACAUAUAGGACGUGUGCAGUGCCAAUGUGUAAAAGUACUUCAAUCAAAUAUCCCGACAAAUUAUUUAUACAUGUUCCUAAAUGUCCAAAGCGUCGAAAACAGUGGAUACAGUUAGCACGCCGAAAUCCGAUGCUUACAUCUGAUAAAUCAACGAUUUUCUUUUGUGAAGACCAUUUCAAUCUACCUGAUGACAUGGAAAAUUACACCGAAUACAGUAUAAUGGGUUCGGUCGGCAAAAUAAGAAUGAAACCAGAUUGUUUGCCAUCGAAAUUUGAAUGUCAACCAGACAGAAUAAAACGUACCAGGCCUUUACAGUUUUCAUCAGCCGUAAACAAAAGGCAACGUAUGGACGUAAUACAAGAAAUUCUUUCCAGUCAAACUGAAAUACCAGCAACAUCAGGAAUUACUAGCAAUUGCAAUUUUCAAUUGUCUACUGAGAAGGAUAAUUUGGUCGUUCAUGAUAAGGUGACACAAGUCUGCCCUGAAUUAACUAACAAAUUAGUUCAAGUAAUUUCAAGAAGUAAGGUUAGAAGCAAAGCUACUCAAACUAUCAGCCAAAUUAAAGAUAAAAAUACUUCCCCGUUGAAGAUAAAUAUUACAUCUACCGCAACAUCACCUUUUAAAAUUAGAAAGCCUGGAGUUUAUUCAGCAAGGUUUGGCAAUACAAAAAUCAAAAGAAAAUUAUUAUUCCCUAGUGAGGAGUUGGAAGUAUUAUCAUUAAACAGUAUAUCAUCGUUUACACAUUCAGAGUCAAAAACGGAGACUUCACCAUCUGUUCCGUCCUCACUUACAAUGACAUCAAUUAGCAGCAACCAAGAGAUGUCUGAAUUAGACGAAAUAAAAAGGAAAAUUGAAGCAGAAGAUCUAUGUAGAAAGACACUUGAAAGUACAUUACGAUUAAUCAAGAAUAAUCCAAGAUAUUAUAUAGGUAUUUCAAAGGAUUUAUAUUAUUUAAUUGACUUCAUACAAAAACAUACAAGGCUUCCUGAAGAACAUAUAUUAUUAUGUUUAAAAAAAAUCCGACUAAACACAACAUUUUCUGAGCUUGCAGAUCAAUUUGGCAUGUCUUUGUCAUAUGCUAGUAAAAUUUUCAUGCAGUCUAUUCCUGUUAUUGUAAAUGUAUUACGUCCAUUUGUCAUUAAAUCAAAUAAAAGAGCAGUGAAGCAAAACUUGCCCAUGGCAUUUAGACAUAAGUAUUUUAAUAUCUACUGCAUAAUUGAUUGUCUAGAAAUUGAAAUACAAAAACCAUCCAAGUCUGUAGAGCAGGCUUUGUCAUGGUCGGAAUAUAAAAAAGCAAACACUGCAAAAUUUUUAAUCAGUAGUACCCCUGACGGUAUCAUCAAUUACAUUUCACCUGGGUACGGUGGUAGAAUUACUGAUGUUCAAUUAGUACAGGACUGCAGUUUUAUAGAUGGUUUAGAACAAGGUGUAUCUAUACUUGCAGACAGAGGUUUCAAACACAUUGAAGAACUCUUACUGCAAAAAGGAAUUAAUUUAGUAAGACCCCCAAGUGUUCCAUCUAAUUCAAAAUUAUCAAAACAAGAUGUAUUGAAAACAAAACAGAUUGCGAGUUUAAGAAUACACAUUGAAAGAGUUAUAAGGCGUUUGCGAGAAUUCUCUAUGUUAAAACCUCAUUCUGUUGUUAAUAGAAAACUGUUAAAAUAUUUAGAUGAAUGUGUUGUUAUUGCAUGUGCACUGAUUAACAUACAGGACAGUAUAAUAAAAAAUACAUGAUUUGUCAAAAUAAA